GAACUGCCGAAGUGAUUAGAGGUAAAUCUCGGCGUGCGAUCGACCACUGCUGGCCAAAGUGAAUAAAAUAAAAACUCCAAGCAAACUCUUCUCGUCAUUUAACAAAGAAAAUUUCAUUCCCAACCUUCGCUUCGCCAAGAACGACGAGGAAUAGCUGGUGGAAGAGAUUGGCCUGGAACAAAUGGAGCAGACCGACGAGCAGGAAAAACUGACCGAACUGGUCCAACGGAGAGGUAGAAGCGUUCGACUGAAAACUUCAACGAAAACGCCUUCUGUGCAACCUGAAAACGCAUUGCUGUCAAAACUCGUCAAACAAACCUCGAAGAAGGAUGCACCGUUUGGUAAGAGUCUGAUGGUGAUGGAGUUUAGCGAAAGUGCCCCAAUGGAGGCGAUCCAUUGGAUUGUGGAGAAAAUGCGUAAGCGACGGGUUGAUGGUGGUAUGGAGCUGAUCGUACGCAAGGAGGAGCUUAGAAAAGAAAGUCAAUCAAUCACAUUCCACAUAUUCGGGAACGCCAUUAGCCUACAGAUCAUUGCCCACGAAAUGGGGUUGAUGAAACGCACCAAAACCGGCAUCAUGCGCAAAUUUAACUUGGAAUGUCUGAAUGAUUUUUUUGACGACCUCGCUGAAGGCAUAUAUGUGAAGGACAUUCUUACUGUCACCGAACAGCAGAUUAUCGUCAAGUAUGCACUCGAUAUGAUCCGUGCGACAGAUGAUGAAAAAAAAAUUCCCGGUACCACGAUCAUUCUCUACCAUGGCCAAUCGAUCGUACAGGCGGCACAAAUUGGCGGACUAAUUUCGUCCCUGUACUCGCUGCACGAAAAGGGGCGGCUGAAGGAGCUGUUUCACCGCUGGAAGAAACCGACCGCACCGCAACCGAUCGACGAAAUUCGAGACUACUUUGGCGAGAGCAUCGGAAUGUACUUCUCCUUUCUAGGAUUCUACACUUGCGCCCUGGCCGUACCGACCUUUCUCGGUAUUGUGCAGUUUGACCUCUCGGAGAAACCCGUGCCGUUUUUCUUAUUGUUCUACGUCGUCUGGAUGAAGGUGUUUCUGGAGUUGUGGAAGCGCAAAAGUUCGUCUCACGCGUACCACUGGGGCACAAUCAAAAUGACUAAUUUGGAUGAGCCACGCGUAGGGUACUGUGGAGAGCUGGCGCGCGAUCCCAUCACCGGCAAGUGGACACCGCACUAUCCGAAGUGGAAAACCUACGCCCAAAUGUGCUGCGUAAGUGCUCCGAUUAUCGGUCUGUGCAUGGCGUUCGCCGGGGUCGUUAUUUGGUGUCAGAUUGGCGUCGAAGCCUAUCUGGCUAAGAAGUUUGGACAAGAUACGUACAUACUCUAUUUGCCGUCGGUGGUGAACGCGAUUCUCAUUGCUGGGUUAACACCGGCGUGCAAUCGCUUGGCUACACUGUUGACCGAUUACGAAAACCACCGCACCCAGAGCCAGUACGAGCGGCAUCGUGUGAAUAAGCUAAUUGUGCUCGAGUUCAUCAACAACUUUCUGGGCCUGUUCUACAUCGCGUUUGUUCUACAGAAAAAGGGAAUACUCAAGAAACAACUCUACAUGCAGCUGUCCGUGCUGGUCUUGCAGAAUGUGUUCGAAAACUUCUACACCUAUCUAAAGAAAAAAGUUGGAAAUAGUCGAAUGGUUGUUACCUCGAAGUACGACAAGCUGAAAGAAGCACACGACGCACUCGAGGAACUGGGCAUUCUAUCUUUGCCGGAAGACGAUCCACGGGUGCUUCAGGCGCGCAAGGAAACGAUUCUGCAGGAGUACGAUACCUACGAUGGCUACCUGAAACUGUACAUUAUGUUCGGUUACGUGGUCCUAUUUUCCUCCGUAACUCCGCUAAUCGCUUUCUGGCCCCUUUGCUACAACGUGUUUAAGAUACGGUUCGAUGCAUACAAGCUGUGCAGCUUCUUUAAGCGGCCCUUCGCAUGCCGAACGAAAAACAUCGGCGCGUGGCAGCUGGCAUUCGAAAUCUUGGUCGUCGUCUCCAUUUUCACCAACUGCGGCAUUCUUUAUAUUUCGCCACAGAUGAGAGAGCUUGGCGCCGGAAUGAGCCGCGAUACAUACACAUGUACCUUCGUCAUUAUCGAGCACGUUUUGCUCGGGUUGACGUGGUUCAUUUGUAAAGUGAUUCCGGACACACCGUACUCGGUACGGGUGGCGCUGGCAAAAGAGGAACAUGACUCCCGGCAGGCCUUACAGACCCGUUCGUUGCUGUUAUCUGGUAAUGUACUGUUCCGUCGGUUUCGCAGCGUUUACGAUACGCAUUCGAUGCUCAACUGAUCCCAAAUGAAUGACAAAAAGUGAUCUUCUCUUUACGUGCUUUUGUCGUGAUCUUUUUUUAACUGAAACUUGAAAUGAAUCUGUUGAAGAUAAAAUACCAAGGAAUGCCUUUUAAAAUGUAGCACGGAAAAUGAAAAUAAAUUG